GUUGCAGUGUUGUGUUGUUGAUAGAUUUCACGUCGACAUAACAUACGGUGACGGAACUUUUUUUUUAUUAUUUCGGUGAAAGAGGCCCGCUAUCGGGGACCUCCUCUGACCUUAUCGCCCCUACAUCGAAAUUAUUAUCGUGGGCAGAAGCUCGAUAAGUGGGUAUAAUAACAGAAAUAUCUGUCAGUGUUAUCCUGAUGACUCAGCUGAGGAGGAGGACGGAUGUCUCCUACUUCUGCGUGAGUCGUCCUCAUGUGAUCUCGACGACUACCUCUUUGUUUACCUCAGUCUGCUGUCUGCUGUGUUCGUGUCCUGUCCAGCAGGAGUAGUAGUAUUAAUCAGCAGUUAUAGUAGUAGUGAUUAGUUCCCUUUGAGCAUUGCCACCAGGACAAUGUGGUUCCACAGACUUGCGGUGGUCGUGACUAUCUCUCUCUCAAGUUUGAAUGGUAUAUUCGUAGGUCGGGUCUGGGCAGAUGGCGGCGACGACGAUCCCCCCACAAACAACUGCAGGGUCGUCCACGGCGACCUGGUGUACGACCUGAGCGACCUCGCCAAGAACGACUACUAUCACGUGCAGGAGACCCUCCAUACUGAACACACGAAGGAGUACUUCUUGAGUGUCUGCCACCCCCUGAGGGGCGCCCCGACGUCGUGCCCCAAAGGAGGGUCCGGGGUGUGCGCCGUCACCAUCCAGGAUGGCAGCAACGCCACCCGGGUCUUCCGGGACAUGGGCAAGGUCCCCUCGGAGGUGAAGGUGGCAGAUAUGGGAAGGAUCGAGUACAUCUACGAGAGCGGAGAGAAAUGCGGUCUGAGGGGCCGGAACGAGACUUACGUGACGGAGGUCCACCUCCUCUGUCCCCAGGGGCCAUCCGACGAUGCCGGCCCAGUCCUCAUGUCUUCGCCCGGCUGCCGCCUCUUCUUUGCCUGGAUGACGAAGGCGGCCUGUCCGAAGAAGGUCGAGGUUGCCAACGCCACAACCUGCAUGGUGAAGUUUUCAAACUCCGACUACGACCUCAAUCUCCACAUGCUUCAUUCGGGGUCCUUCUACAAUGUCUCCAGUUCCGACGAGAGUUAUGAGGUCAAUUUCUGCGGCCCCGUCACGAAUGGGCACUGUGGGCGAGACGACGUCACUGUUUGCAAACUAGACAAAUCUUCGGCUCCUACUGUCAUGGGCACAACCAAAGAUAUGAAGUUAGUCUGGAGUAACGAGCAUCUGAAGCUCCUCUAUUCUUAUGAUUCCAGAGUCGUCGAAUUUCAGUUCUUCUGCGAGAGGACGGCGACGACACCCAAGAUAUACUAUGUUUCGAAGAACAGCUCUGCGGUCGUCUUCAACGUGAAGACGGCUGUCGUUUGUACGCCGGAGACUCCAGACUGUGUGAUUAACGAUGAUAAGGGGAAUGUGUACGAUCUACGGUCUCUUUACAAGCCCCAUGGGAAUUGGAAGGUUAUCGACAGCAGGAGUGGAGAGAGGGAAACUGAGGGAGAUGAGCAGCAUUUGAUUCUCUAUCAUAUCAACAUGUGUGGUGCAGUCAAUUAUGAGACCUACUACCACUGUCCGCCAGGGCCAAUUGGCGCCUGUCAGACAAGUAUUGGUGCAUCAUCAGCUUACAACCUGGGUUUCCUCACCUCACAUCCCACUGUUAAUGCAGAUGGUUCGAUCACUGUUUUGUAUACUGGAGGUGACACAUGCAAGAAUGGCCAGCAUACAAAAUCAACCCGUAUAAAUCUGUUUUGUGACCAGAGAGAGCUCGAGCCGGUUUUGAUGGAGAUCACAGACACCUGUGAAUACAUCUUCAACUGGUUAACUCCCGCUGCUUGCCCAAGACACUUAAAGACGGGGAAUAACUGCCAAGUGACCGAUCCCCUUUAUGGUCAUCUGUUCGACUUUAAUUCGUUACGAAAUAAGAAAAUUGAUUAUAACGUGUCAGAUGGUCAGCAUUCCUAUCUGAUAAAUGUCUGCGGUCCUCUUGUGUCGAAAUGCAACGGAGAGGACACUUCUGGUGUCUGUCAAGUCAAAGGUGAUGUUCAGUUUAGCGGAGGUCUAGCUUCAUCAGACAUAACAUUCAACGACGGGACUUUGAUUAUGAGGUUGACAAAUGGUUCACAAGGCUGCGAAGAUGGUAACAGCAGAUCCACACUCAUACUCUUCAUGUGUGACCACGAAGAGAGUGGAUAUGAUGGGCCGGUAUUCAUACAGGAAGACGAUUCUUGCACUUACCAAUUCAUCUGGAGAACACGUGUUGCUUGUCCACCCUUCCAAGUAGUAGAUUGCACCUACAUAACGGGCAAUGGAACGGUUUAUGACCUGAGUGAACUGUCGUCCUCUAUCGUGAAUGAAGAAUACUAUUCUCCCAACCAUUCUAAAAAGUAUGUGUUGAAUGUCUGUAGGUCUAUCGUCCAUAGUAAAGAGAGUAGGUGCCCAUAUAAAUCAGCAGCUUGCAUAGUUGAUACUGAGGAGAACAACCAUGCUGUCAGCAUUGGAGAAGUUUCCAGUGGGCCCUCUAUUGAAAAUGGAGCCCUUGUCUUGAAGUAUCCUAGAGGAGAUCGUUGUGUUAGUAAUCCCUCCGUUCAGACUGAGAGCAUCAUCGUGUUUAAAUGUGACAUGAAGGCAUUGUAUCCUUACCCACAGCUUGUUGCAGAGGAAAACUGCAAAUAUGUAUUUGAAUGGGCUACUCCAGUUGCUUGCCCUGUGAAAGUAGCACCAGAUAUCCCUAGUGGAGAAGACUGUAAAGUGAGCAAUCCCUUAACAGGCUAUGUUUUUGAUCUGAAUUCUCUCAAGAGGGAUGGUGGUUAUGACGUUCAAGGUGAUGCCAGAAUUCAGCUCGUACUGAAUGUUUGUGAUAACGUCAAGUCUGGGAAGUGUCCUGGUGAUAACACAGGAGCUUGCCUGAUCCAUGAUGAUGGUAAGCUUGCAAUUGCUGGCGAGGCAAAUGCUAACCUCCACUUUCUUCCCGGGUUUUUGUUCCUUCACUAUGUUGGGGGCGAGAAAUGUCGAAAUGGGCUCGAGAGGUCAACGCUGAUCAACUUCGUCUGUGGAGCAGAAGGUUCAACAGAAGGACCAGUACUUGUUCACGAUGACCUGGAUAAUUGCACUUACCACAUCAACUGGCACACAGAACUCGUGUGCGAACGAAGGAUAAACUGUUUUGUUGACACAUGGGAACGUCGAAUUGACCUAUCACCCCUCAUUAAGACAUCUGGCAACUAUGAAACUUUAAACCCCUACAACCGCAAGCAGAAGUUUUAUCUGAAUGUGUGCCGACCUCUUAAUCAAAUCACUGGACUUUUGUGCCAUCCAGGGUCUGCUGCCUGCCUUGCUGAUUCCUCUUCCAAUGACCCUCCUUUGAAUCUGGGUCAUCCCAUGGUGACGCCAAUCAAUACGAACGACAAAGAGGUUGACCUCAUGUAUUCGGCUGGGUCAGUGUGUCCCACUAACACCGGAUUUCCAGUUACAACGAGAAUAUCCUUUGUGUGCGAUGAAAAAGUUGGCUUGGGCUCUCCAGAGUUCAAAGAAAUAACACAUGACUGUCAGUAUAUCUUUGAAUGGAGGACAUCUCUAGUAUGUAAUAAGACAGAAGAGAUUCCAGAUUCAGGUCCAGUUUGCCAAAUCAUGUUUAAGGCAGCCAAGACCAAUGUCGACCUCAAACCUUUGCAAAAGGCCGGAGGCUAUGAAGUUAAAUAUGGAAGUAAAUCCUUCAAGGUCAAUGUUUGUGGUCCUUCUUGCAGUGACUCCGGGGUUUGCACUACUGGUGGCGAGAAGUACGGCUCAUACAAGAAGUCUACUUUGAAUUGGGACUACGACAAACUGAAGCUCGUCUACCUUGGAGGAGACUCCUGCUCUGGGGCUCUGAGCGGUCAGAAGAGUACUAUAAUUUUCUUCAGUUGCGAUAUGUCGGCAGGUUUUGGAGUUCCUGUUGCUGAUAGCAUCAUGGACCUAACUGAGUGUGUGGCUGUAUUUACUUGGAGAACGAAUGUAACUUGUAUCGAAGGCAUUUACGGCACAGACGCACCAAAUAAGGUCGUCCCCACUCCUGUGGUUGUGCCUUCCUUGCCAACUGCAACAAAUCAGACAGAUGGAGGUAAAGGAGGCAGCGAUCCCUCGGCUGACACGCAGAAGAGUGAAGGCGAGCCUUCGCGCACGGACGUAACGGGAGUCAUCGCUACCAUUCUAGUCGUCUCAGGGAUUAUAUUUGUGAUAGUGCUGGUUCUCUUCAAGUCCGAGAGAGGUCAACGCUUCAUGUCAUCUACCCGCAGGCUCUUCGGAAUGAAAGGGUAUACAGACAUAACCCAGAGACCUGCAGAAAGUUCCUCUCUCAUAGGAUCCACCUCUAGAGUAUUUAGAGUUGAUGAUAGCGAUGACGAUCUGCUCAGAGUUUAGCUAGAAGUAGUGUGACCUGGUACCCAUAUCUUCAUUUUCCCUAUAUUAAAACACAGCUUGCUUAAAAGUAGCUCACUCAAAACAUUUUUUAGUCUGAGACUUACGGGUGGCUUUAUGCGAGCUCACGAGGACAGAUAUAUGAUGCUAUUCUAAUUCUUGUAUGGCUAGAGGAUUCUUGGGUCACUGUCAGGUUUGCUUAGUAAAGCUGAGGUUUUCAUGAUUUUUCAAGAUGAUUAUUACAAGAUGUGAUAAGUACUUUAGCCUCAUACUAUUUAAGGUUUUCGUGCACUUGCAUGAAUGUAAAAGUUACCAUAAACCAUCAUUAUCAGAUAUAAACUUUUUGGAAGUUCAGUUAUGGAAAACACAGUAGAGGGUUAUUGACAUAAUGUACUUUAUAACAAGUGAAUGAUUUCUUGCUUGCGGCCAUCCUAAAACCUUCUUGUAAUUAACCUAAUAUUAUCCUAAGCAUACUGGACAUUUUGGGCUUGUAACCUUACCCUGCAGAACGAGCUAUUUUUGCAUUUUGUACUAACAAAAAGGUUCCUGAAUGAAGGAUGAGAUGAAUCCGAGGUGAAUCAGGUUACUACUAUAGGCUAAUUGUCUUUGAAGUUUUAAGAAUUUCAUUAAUGUGUAAAUUUAAGUCCUGUUUUUUGUUCAUAAGAGGAGAAUACAAGAGAAGGCUGGUGUUAUGAAUGGUAGACAGAUUUCUGUUAAAAUUUUGGCGUUUGUAGAAUUCUGUGGGAAAAAAUUUUCAUUUUAGUUUUCCUUACACUUCCAGAUGAAUUCAUUUCAUUGUAGCUAGUCAUAUAUCCAUAUACAAAUAUUUUUUCUCUUUGGUUUAUUGAGGAAAUAAGUGGCUAAAAAGUAUUUUUUUUAGCAAUCAUUGAUAUAAUGUAGCUUUUGCUUUAGUUAUACACGUACUGUAUACUGUAUUGAAAUUCAGUUACUACUGUAUUUGUCUUUCAUUCAUGUAUCACCUACAGUAAGCAGGAAUUCUAGGUGGUUUAGCAUCUCAGUGAAUGGCAUCAUAACUAGCAAGGAAUUAUUUUGGCUGACAAUGCCACACCACAUUUGAAUUUACCUCCAGUGGCUGUGAUACUGACUAGCAUUUGUUUGCAGCCUGCUUAUCUUUGGGAAUUACAUUUGUUAAUUAUUGGUGACUUGUGUAGUGACUAACAUGAGAAGGUGGGAUGCAGCCACCCUGAAAUGCAAAGAAUCAAGUUCAGGCUUUGCUCUGUCAUUUGAUAUUUAUUUGGAAGUACAGAGUCUUUUCCUUUUAGAUAUAAAAAGUAUUUCUUGCAAUUAUUUUGAAUAAAUAUGAACAAGAAUUUCUUGAAACAAUGUUGAUAAAAUUUGUAUUAGUUUGGACAAGUUUUUUCAGAACAAGACAAAAUGUAGUAUGUCAUAUUAGGAGAGGCCCUUAAUUUCUUUCUUAAUACACAAUUUUGCAAUCUUGCAAGGAUUAAUUUUGUUAAUUCCUGUAACAAUAUACCAUUAUGUGCUCAAGUAUCAAUUGCAGAAAUUUGAAAAGGUACUGUAAGCAUGGCUACAUCUUGCACUUCAUUAUUGUUAUAAUAAGGUUUGCUCAGUUUUACAGUUCUUAAUGUUUUACAUUGGUUCACCUUCUCUUCACUUUCAUCACAAAAACUGAAUUUCUUAACGAAUUUCAAGCCUUCUACAUCAUAUCUGAUUACUGUGUGGGUGUCUUGAAGUGGCAUGCUAGUUUGGGCCUGGAGAAUGAACUGGUUGUUGUAAUGUUAUCCAUAUGCUUUUCAAGACAACAUUUAUUCAAAACUAAACCUCUGGUACACCAUCACUGCAUAUUAGGGCAAAGAUUAAAAACAUUAUAUGUACUGUUUGUAAUUGGUUAAUGGUACUAAUUGAGUACUGGCAAUUAGUUAAUAGCACUAAUGAGAUUCAAUGGAGUUGCAUGUUGGGAUACAGUAGUUCAUUGUAACUAGUGAGUUUUAUAAGCUAACCUUUGUACUGUACUACUGCAUAUGUGCAAACAUUUGUAUUUGGGUUAACAAAGUAAAAGUUUUUUUAUCCUAAUGGUAUCAUGAGUCAUCUUCAGCAUAUUUUCAUAUUUUUUUCUUAGACCUUCACAAGUUAUAGUAUGAGUGUAGGAACUUUCAGUUAUGCUUUUGAUAAUGUCACACAAAUGAUCAAAUAGGUAGUACUCUUUACAUUUUCAAUGUUUCUUUCUGAUUUUAGGAAAAGGUAGGAUCAUCAUUUGCAGAGGGGAUUAAUAUUUUCAUUACCGUAAGUCGGGGGUAUGCUUCACUUUAUUUCCUGAAUGGUCAUGACUGAGUUUUGCAUUAUCAGUCCUUAGUUUGUUGUAAAUUUAUGCAUAUUGCAUUGACUUUUAAGGUUAGCACCUUUGCGUUAUAUCCUCCUAUUGUAUUAGGUCAGUAGUAGAUCCUAAGUUGCUUUGGUUUAAGAAUGGGCUAUUUUUGGCUGCUGUAUUGUCAGAUCUUGAGGAUUACUAGUGGAGAAUCGUUAAUGCUUUGGUCUUGUGUAUCUAAGUCCAUUUUAGAAUUCUUUCAUAUCCCCAAUGAAGUGUUCAGUCUUACUAGAAACUAAGCUUAAUGACCUUGCACUGAUUGUUAUAUUUUUCAUAAAUUUUUGAGGAAUUUUAAUAAAUUUAGCAAAAAAAAUCAAAAAAUAUGUUAAUUGUAAGAUUUUCAGUUGCAUAAAUCCCAUCUUUUUUUAUUAUUGCAUAUUUGUAUCAGCACAAUGCUCUUUGAGAUGUUGUGACAGUUGAUUUUGUUUAUAUUCUUUUAUCAUCAGUAAAGCAGAUUUAAUUUUUAGACGCUUUGCUUUUGUGAAUGUUUACACCUUUUUAUGUUUUCAUUAUUUUGCUUAUAGCUGUUCAGAAGGUUUCAGCAUUUUUUUUUCUAAAGUACCUGUCACUGUGAUGUAAAUAAUUUUUGUUUCUUUUUGCCUUUUCUGUUCUAGUACCACCACUCUACUAUUGGAUGAUGUGUCCUAACUUCCAGCACGACCUCCCUUGACCUAAGGCAAUCAAUCCUUCAUCGGGUAAUGUUCGGUUUCGGUACCUGUGUUGUUUGGUUGGUUCUAAUCUCAUUGACACUUACCCUUACGCUGUUGUAUACAUGCAUGCGUUUUGAAUCACCUUUCCAUUCUCAUUUUCACAUCUGUUAUUGUUGGAGUGGGUCUUAUUUCUUGUCAGGCAUUGUGCAUACUUUGAGUGAAUUCCUUUAUACAGUAUACGUACUUUCAUUAUUUAGAUUUUAAAUCUAGAAGUGUUCUCUUAAGCCUUAUGUUAUCUAUGAACAGAGAAAUAUCGGUUCUCUUCUUCAGUGGCGACCAAUUUCAACCCAGAUGAAGCUUGGGAGUAGUGGUCUAAGGACAAGUCAGUAUAUCGAAAAUACCCACAAUCUUUCUCAGAAAAUUUAUUGAGCAGUUUUUUAGCUAUUAAAAUUUCUAUCAGAUGUCAUCUUUUGCAAAUUUUGUAUUGUGGGAGUUAUAAUUACAUUUAGUAAGCUUAUAUUCAUUCUUUCAGUUUUUCUUUGGUAACAUUUAAAGGGAAUUAAAUGUCCAAGCAGUAUUGAAAAAAUCGUAUGAUAAUGAUAAAGCUGAGAGAUGAAUUUCUAUGGCCUUCAUAAGGCUACUAGUUAACUCAUACAUACGUACUGUAAAAAAUAAUGGCAAUAUAAGAGAGGAUCGAAACAGCAUGUUCCAACCCUACGGAUGCUAUGAACUGUUUCAAAGCUUGGGCCGAGAUACCCUCUUUCUGCAGACUAAUAUAGGGACCGUUGGUGAGGGAAGUAAUCUCAGGUCUGGUUGACACCACAUCUCUGAUUAUCCAUGGCCUGUGGUUACGGCAGGGUGCACUUCUGUGUGUAUUUUGGCUGACUUUUGUAAGGGGAAUAAAAAAUCUUCCGGAAUUCUGUAAUUUUGUUAGAUUCACCUAAGACACAAAGUAUUGUCCUUUCUUAACUGGGAAUAUAGGAGGAAAUACAUUUUGUAAACGAGGCCAAAGAUUAAGGGUUAUUGGUAAUUGACUGUGUGCUUCUAACAUCAAUUUCUUCGAGACCAGAUACGUAUGUUGAUAUAUUUAAGAAAUCUGUACCUAACAUGCCUGACAGGAAUAACCACUCAUUCCACAUAUAAUUUAUUGUUUAAUUUUGUCACCAACACCACACCCCUUUUCAUCGUGUAAGUGGUACACUGUCGAAAGAUGCGCCUUAAGGAAAAACAAGAAAGGGAAUACAAUCUUGUGGCUACAGUUGUACAUAUUGUUAGUCCUAGUCUUGUCUUUCAGAGAAAACUUUUGAAUUAAAAAAGAGUUUCAGUAUGUGUAAGAGUGAAGAUGUGUUCAUCUUGCAUAGUUUUAGAACAACUGCACAUUCAUGAAUUUCUGCAGUGCUCUCAAGUGAUAUAGAUUACCAGUGUUUUAUAACUUUAAGUGAAAGUGAUUUUAUUUCUCUCAGAUUGGUGAAUGUCGUUCAUGAAAGUUGCUUCAUUCUUUGCUUUGUGUUAUUUUCUGCCAUUCUUGUAAUGUGAUGGCCACUGCCAUCUGUUAAAUUCUGGCCACGUACUAUCCAUGACUUCUGACAAUAUCUUAAAAUGUGCAAUAUUAAUAUGACAUAUUUUAAAUGCAUAGUUUUGAUUAAUGUCAGAACUUAAUUAAUAAAUAAAACCUUUAGAAACUGUAUUAAUUGGUGUGUGCUUUUUAGUGUAAUAGAGUUAUGAGUUCAUGCAUUUGGUAAUGGCUUAGUCAAGCACAGAGACAUUAGUCUUAUAAUUAUUGACUUAUUGGGUCUUUUAGAAUACUGGCUUGUUAUAGCAAAAGUUUUGGAACUGAUUUCUUAAAAGCAUCAGCAGAUAUAAUAAUAACAGUCUUUGCAAUUAUUAUUAUCAAGUAUUAUUAAGUUUUAUUGUACUAUAUAUUUUUUUAAAUGGUGUACAGGACAGUGUGAAUGUUGUCAUGGAGAUUCUCUGUAUUUAAAUUAGGAUAUGAAGUAAUAUAUAUAUAUGAUGGCUCAAGGACCUUCAUGGUAGGAAUCGAUGUGAUUGCAGUGCAGUGCUCUUAAUAGAAAUAUUUAUCAGUUUUAAACCAAUUAUUUUUUCUUAUGCUGGGGUAUAUUGAAAUCAAAAAGUUUUCAAGAGUACGUAUCUUGCUUUUCUGCCAUGCUUACAUGUACAUGUCCUUUCACAUUUCAUCAAUGGGCGCCUGUGGUACAGGUAGGGCCAUCUUAACUGCAUUGUAGGGCCCUUGGCCAUAUCCACUUAUCCACAGGAAUAAAAAUGUACACAAUCGAUAAAUUAAACCCACAGGUUUCUUGGUACUAACUACCAAUGUGUUAUUUAAAAAAUCAGUGCUUCAUCACAAAAAUGUCCUUUAAGUUAGGAUAAAGCCCUGAGUUUAUUUUCAUUCAAUUAACUUUAGGUGGUCUUACGUUUAUGCCAAAAACCCCUGGUUCAUAAUUCCAGAGAAUGUUGAUUUGCAGCUCAUAGUUUCCGAAUUAAAGUAGAGUGGAUUGUAUUACGUAUUAGCAUAUGACAUAAAACUUUGUUGCCAACACUUGAGGUAAAAUUUUAACUAGUUUUGAAUUCUAUUUAAGGCUCUGUAAGGUUGAAAAUACGUAUUACAUUUUUCAAUGAAGUCUCAAGUUUUGGACUGAACACUUUGAUGCUGAGAGACUCAAUUUUUAGUCUUGAUUACAGUAACUUGACCAUACUUUAUGGGAUAAUAAAAACCUUGGAAGUUGGGAUCUGUCAUACGUGUACAUAAGGUGCUGCUUACAGUUACAACUUUACUAGUCGUAGCUAAUUUUAUAUGAAGGAUAAUCAAGAUGACUUUGGUAGAAUGGGUGUAUUUCUUCUUUAUAUACUAACAUCUGAAAUAGGUUUCCAAUUAUCUUAAAUACAGUACACUUGGAAGUGCUGCAUUUGAUAUAGGCCAGGCUAGUCAUAUUCCUUAUAUUAAUCUUUGCUGCAAUGAUUUGAAUAGUGCAGUACUUAUUUGUUAUGUCUGACACUGCAUUUUUUAAUAAUUCGUAUUAAGGUGUGUGUUUGUGUGUGGGGAGGUUUUUGCAUUUACUACUGCUAUAGGAUUGAGAAAAAUGAAAAUCUUUUUACCAUGCUCUUUAAAUCUAGCCUAAGCUGCUUCUAAUAGCAUGGAGGAAUACACAUUAAUUUUUUUUUUUUACUUACAUUAGCUCUACUUUCUGGGGCAUAGCUUCUCUCAGCAUAUUAAUCUGAAGUUUACAGUAAUGAAUCAAACUGUAAUCAGAGUAUGCUAGCCCGCAGAGGCAUUUUCCUAAGUGCUGACCAGUUGAGUCAAAACCUACAUAGGUCAUUUCAGGUUGCAAUGAGCAAUGUCUGUCAAGACUUGCCAUCCUUGACACAACAUAGGAUCUAAGAAAGUCUGUAACAAAUAUAUCUUUGAAGUCUACUUUUACUCUGUCCAUUUUAGACAUUGCAAAGAUGGUAGCACUGCCCUGCAGUACUAUUCUGUCUUCACACCGAAAUUGUGGAUGAAAUAUGUAGUCCUUUUGUUUUCACAUACAGUAGGUGAAAUGCAUGACAGUUCUCUAGGGAGAGUAUUGUCAAUAUUUAGAAGUAAACUAACUUCUUUUCCAUCUAUAGGUCCUUGACAUAGAAUGCACAGAAGAGAGUGACAUGUCAAGGGGAAAAUCAGAAAUGAAAUGGUAAAAUGUUCAUGAAAAUGGCAUGAAUCAAGUUGCUUAAUAUACCUCUUAAGUCAAAAAAGGCACUUGAGAUAUUUCAGAUGAGAAAAACCCGGGAACUUCAGUCAGGAGAUGGAUAAGUAGUGUAUACAAGUCUGAUUUUUUAAGAUAAAACCUGAAUGUUACUCUAAAAAAAAGGCCAUUUGUGAAAAAAGUUAAAAAUUCAACCAAAACUGUUGGAGACUUUGACAAAGAGCUAACCUGUCCCAAUAAAAUUAUUACUUGCCAUUUUUCAGAAUAAAAUUUCUAGAAAUCAAGUUAGUUACCACGACUGGAGUGAAGAUUGUAAGAUGAAAGGGGAGGAUACAUAACAAAGGAUAAUAAAUGGAGAAUAAAUAAAUGGGAAAGUUGUUAUUGAAAACGGCAACAAACCAAGAAUUGCUCACAAAAUGACCUGUUGUUUUAGUUAAAAGUCCUUUUAAGCAAAAGUUGUUUUGCAGAGGGCUUGCAAUAUGGUAAAGUAAUAGCAGCUCAGUGGCUAAAAAUAUUCUAACUGGAUGAUGAAUUAUCAAGUUACUGACUUUGUACUUGAACCCAAGUGUACAUGUGGUACACUUUGACAAUAUUCACAAUAUGUACUUUAAGGAUUGCUAGCACGUACUGUACAUUAAGGUGCCAGUAACAAUUUUUUUUUUGUUUAAUAAUUUUGGCUUAAAAUGUGCAUUUGGUUCCCUUUGGUUAUGAUUCCUUAUAUGUCUUGGUUUAUUGAAAUGAUUAUAAGUAAACUUGGUUUAUUUUUGUCCCUGAGUGUCAGAUACACCAUAAAAAAACUGCUUUGGUGUAAACAGAAAAUACCAGAGAGUUAUUGGCAAAUUUAUUUAACUUGUUGCUCAUACAGUGUGGAUAUUUACUAUGUUUGUAGUUCUGUUUAUUUGUUUAGAUGAUACUCGCCUUCCAACUGGUUCCUGUGUGCUGGAUAGUUGCUAUCUAAGGUUUUAUUUGCAGAAUUAGGGUGAAUUUGACCAAACAGUCACACACAAUGAGUAUCAAGGGUUCCUUAUUUUUAGAAAGAGCAGCAGUAGGAGAGCCUGCUCAAUGAACCUUCCGAGUCAGUUAUGGGUUUCCAUAUUUUUAGGAAAAGAAAAAUGGGAUAGGACAUUCUGUCCAGGGAAGACUUCAAAAGAGUGAGGUCAUUUUGGGGUACGUAUAUUAGUUCCAGUUGUGGCUGACUGGAAAGUACAUUAAUUUCAGAAGUUUUUUAUGCCUGUUACCGGCUGUUAAUUUUGCUUGUGAGUGCUUAAUGCUUUAUAAGCAAUGGAACAUAGAAGUCAAUUUCAUAAUUUUGUUUGCAUUAAGGGUUUUGUAACUUGGCAAAAAAGUUGAAAAAUAUAUAAGUAAUGUUAAUAAAAGCUGAAACACUAUUCUAUUUUUUAUUAUUCAGGGAAAAGUAAUUUUUGUUUUUUAAGUUGUCUUUCUACUAACAGUCAAAUUAAGGUCUGAUAAAGACUCUGAACCACUAAAAUGGUUAAACAUCAUCUUAUAAACAAUGAGGUGACCCUAUGAAUUUGACAAUACCAGUCAUGUUGUGAUUUUGUGAUUCCUUGUAGUUUUAAUUUGUGUAACUGACUGCUACAUAUAACUAUUUAUCUUUGUAACUAUCUAUCUAUAUAUAUAUACAGUAUAUAUUAUAUGUGUGAGACAGUGGUUGUAUAUAGUAAUUAUGCGAGAGGUACACUGUGUGAAUCAGUCUAGAUGUAUUGAUAUUAGUUUGCAUUAUCAAAUAUGUCGAGGAUAGACAUCGGUUUUUUGAAGUAUCAAAAAGAUGUACAGUAUAUAUUUAGUUAACAGUAAUUUGAAAGAAGUGUUCACAUGUUCUGGAAUUUUGGAAAAUAUAGUUUAUUAAGUGAUCUGGAAAAUUUCUGGGGUUUAGGAAAAUAGUUUAUUAAGUGAUCCGGAAAAUUUGAACCAAUCUGAAAAAAAUACCCUUUGCCUUAAUAAAAUGAGGAAUUGAGGUUAAUUUGUCGGAUUUCUACCCCCCAAAAUUUGUACUUCGUAAGAUUUUUAUUCCUAAAUCUAGCUACACCUAACUAUUGGUAUUUCUGGAACACUUGAUAUAUGUGUGUACAUCAAUUCAGCAUUUCCUCUUGGCAAGAAUAUACAUAAUAAACUGAUACUGAAGGGGAUAUUUAGUGAGAAAUGUGCCUUCAUUUUUGCAGUGUUUUAGUUUCCUAUAAUAUCAAGUUCCAUGGCAUUUGAAAAAUUACUGGAAUCUUUUUGUCAUUCAGAAACACUUUUUUAAGUAGAAAUGAUCUCCUUACUUUUAUAUACAUUUUCUUUGUUUAUAGGUAAUAUAUUCAUUAACUAGUAAAAUCUCUCUCCACUUGUCAGUAUACAGGAUCUUGAAAUUGCUUAAAUUAUUGCCGCUGACAUUCCAGAGAAAUAGCAACGUUUUUUGUCGUAGUUGUAGAAAACUCUUAUCGAGUGAAAACCUAUUUGUAAACAUAUUCUUUUUGUGAUUGAUUGAAAGACAUAAAGGUGUGUAUAAGCUACAAUAUUGUAUACAAAUAAAAAAUAAUUAUGCUAAA